CCUCAGGCAAGGCAUCUCACAGGAGGCUUUUUCAUAAAACUAGGCUCUGCUGGUAGUAAGGAGGCCAGUCCUGAAGCAGGCGUGGAGCAGACAACAUCUCCCAUCACAGCCACCUUCUCCAACCAGACCCUCUCUUAUUCUCUUUUUUCCCCCUUGUUGGUGAGACAUCUAGAACCUUUUCAAUGUAUAAAAUGGAAUAUUCUUACCUCAAUUCCUCUGCCUACGAGUCUUGUAUGGCUGGGAUGGACACUUCAAGCCUGGCUUCGGCUUAUGCUGACUUCAGCUCCUGCAGCCAAGCCAGUGGCUUCCAGUAUAACCCAAUAAGAACCACUUUUGGGGCCACCUCUGGCUGUCCAUCCCUCACCCCAGGAUCCUGCAGCCUUGGGACCCUCAGAGACCACCAGAGCAGCCCCUAUGCGGCAGUUCCUUACAAACUCUUCACUGACCAUGGAGGACUCAACGAGAAAAGGAAACAGAGACGAAUUAGGACCACUUUUACCAGUGCCCAGCUGAAGGAGCUGGAGAGGGUGUUCGCAGAGACCCAUUAUCCAGACAUUUAUACCAGAGAGGAGCUUGCCCUCAAAAUAGACCUGACAGAGGCCAGAGUCCAGGUCUGGUUCCAGAACCGCAGGGCCAAGUUCAGGAAGCAGGAAAGGGCAGCAGCUGCUGCAGCUGCCGCCGCCAAGAACGGAUCAUCUGGCAAGAAAUCCGACUCCUCCCGGGAUGAUGAGAGUAAAGAUGCCAAGAGCACCGACCCUGACAGCACCGGGGGGCCCGGGAACAACCCCAACCCCACCCCGAGCUGCGGAGGGGGCCCAAGCCCAGCGGGGUCCCAGGGCAGUGGAGUCCCACCAGAACCAGGCAAAGGAGGGGUUCAGGGAGCAGGAAGCAUGUCAUCAUCAGUGGUGGGUGGCACAGGAGGGGCACAAGGCUGGGCAACAGGUCCAGGUGGCACCAUCACCUCCAUCCCUGACUCCUUGGGAGGUCCAUUUGCCAGUGUGCUAUCUUCCCUGCAAAGACCCAACAGCACCAAAGCUACUCUAGUGAAGAGUAUGUUCUGAACUCUCUGCACCUUGUCGUUCAUUCUAGACAUGAUCUUUGCUAUGGCAGCUGCUGAUUUGUUAUUGUUCUUAGUAAAAACACUUAGAACAAUAAUGACCAGGGACAGGCCUCAGCCGUAGCCACCUGAAGACAAGGACUACCUUGAACUCAACCAACAACUUGGGGUUUGGGCACCACCAGGGAGGGUGGUGAAACUUCUGGACCUCAGGUGUGGGACCUGGUUUUUCAGAGCUGCUGCAGGGGGAUAACGUGGUGUGCAUCACCCACUAAAAAGAACCCCGAAUUUGUGACUGGUACCCCCCAGGGUCAACCUACUGGUGCAUAGGAGAAGUACAGAUGCGAAAAAAACUUUCCAGGUAGACCCCUGGCCACUACUGACUUCAAUCCUGAUCAUCCUUUCAUGUGUAUAGCAAACCCUUUCACUUCCAGAAUGGGCUGCCAUGGAAGCAAGUGAAAGGUUAACGCAUAAUAGUAAAAAAUAUUAUAAA